CAUGCCAGUAUUGUUCAGUGCUGACUUAUAACUAAUGUAAAUGCUCAAUAAACACAAUAAGUAAAUGAUUUUGGUAAUAGCGGUAUGUAUAAUACUAAUCUUUUGAUAAGAAAGAAUAAUUAUUUGUGUAGUUUUUGUUGUACUUCAAGAGAAUCAGAUAAUAUUCCUGUAUCCCCUCUUCUACUCAUAAUGAUGUUGUGGAUAGUGUGUGAUUUUGAGGCAUAAAUUAAGAGGAAUGGGAACUCAUUGAAUUGUGUUUGGGUGUAUUGCUACAUAAUUAUGGGUAUAAUCUAACCUAGCCCAUGUUUACAACAGACAUUUGUGGAAGAAAAACUCUUAGAUGUUAGGUGAGUAUUCCAACUGAUUUGAACUGUAAUUAUAGGUAACCAAGAAGGAAGGUUAGAACCUCAAGCAAAGUAUUUUAUCAAGAGGUGUGAAUACCAUGAGGGUACUGGCAGCAAUUGAGAAGAAGCUCCUCGUGAGAUUUAUUGAAAAAAGCAGUGUCAGGGAAAGUGUAAGAUUAUCAAGCAAGAGACUCAGCCAUGGAACAGCAGCUGUUUCAAGCACUACAGAUGUUUGUAACACAUUACCAGAUGGCCCUCUCUCUGGUAUCAGGAUCAUUGACCUAACUCGAGUCCUUGCCGGUCCAUUUGCCACGAUGGUUCUCAGUGACCUUGGAGCAGAAGUCAUUAAAGUGGAACAUCCACAGAAAGGAGAUGAGACCAGAGGUUGGGGCCCUCCAUUUGCCGGCUCAGAAAGCUGUUAUUUCCUCAGUGUGAAUCGCAAUAAGCAGAGUAUUGCCAUUGACUUGAAAAAGGCUGAAGGUUUGUCUGUUAUACUUGAUCUUGCCAAGCAGAGUGAUGUGCUGAUAGAAAAUUUUAUUCCCGGAGCCUUAGAUCGUAUUGGCUUGGGUUACGAUGCACUGAAGACCAUUGCCCCACAGCUCAUAUAUUGUAGCAUCAGUGGCUAUGGUCCCUCUGGGCCAUACCACAAGAGACCAGGAUAUGAUGUUAUUGCAGCUUCAGUAGGUGGUCUUGUUGGAGUGACUGGUCCUGAAGAUGGGGAGCCAUGCAAGGUGGGAGUUGCCAUGACUGAUCUGGCAACAGGUCUGUAUGCUCAUGGUGCUAUUAUGGCAGCCUUGCUUGACAGACAAAGAACAGGAAAUGGACAAAAGAUUGAUUGCAAUCUUUUGUCUACACAGAUUUCUUGCAUGGUAAACCUGGCAUCAAAUUACUUAAAUGGGGACAAGGAGGCAAAGAGAUGGGGGACAGCACAUGAAAGCAUUGUCCCAUACCAGGCUUUCCCAACUAGCGAUGGCUACCUCACCAUUGGUUCUGGCAACAAUGACCAGUUUGCUGCUCUGUGUAAAGCCUUGGAUCUCACAGACUUAUUGGAUGACAAUCGAUAUGCCACAAAUGCACUUAGAGUCAAGAAUCGAGAUGAUCUUCUCGGUACACUGAAAGAGAGGUUUCAGCAGAAAACAACAAAAGAGUGGUUGAUCAUCCUGGAGGGGUCUCCCUUCCCCUAUGGCCCAAUAAACACUAUUGCCCAGGCUUUUUCUGACCCCCAAGUUAUCCACAAUGAGAUGGUAAAAACAGUUCACCAUCCAACUGUAGGUCCGAUAAAACAAGUUGCUCCUCCUGUGUUAUACAGCUCAUCACACAAUAAGAUCAGAUCAGCUCCACCAAUCUUGGGUCAGCAUACAAAAUAUGUCUUGUCAGAGAUAAUAGGGUAUUCAGACUGUAAGAUUAAACAGUUGAUAGAACAAGGGGCUGUAGCUAUUUCUAAAGAUCUUGGAAAUAGUUGAUCAUUAUUUUGUUAUUACCAAUUCCAUUGUUCAUUCUGUGAUUAAGUGUAGGUAUGUGUAUGUAAGUAUAUGUUAAAGCUUAUGUUUCGGUGUAUUGCUACCACUAUGUGCCUUUAAUCAUUUAUAUAACCUAAUAAUGUUGUUAUUAUUAUUAUAAACUUUGCCAGUCAUAUUAGAUGACAAUUUUUUUUUUAUUAU